AUGGAGUGCUCAGUGAUGGAAGUUGACUCUGUCACCCCUGGAAUUAAGAGGCGAGUGAAGGACAGACUCUCAAAGACAAAGCUGAAUGUUUCUCUUGCUUCAAAAAUCAAAACAAAAAUACUAAACAAUUCGUCUAUUUUCAAGAUCUCUCUAAAGCACAACAACAGAGCGUUAGCUCAGGCUCUGAGCAAAGAGAAGGAGAAUUCUCGAAGAAUUUCUACCGAAAAGAUGCUCUUACAAAAGGAAGUAGAGAAGCUGAGUUUUGAGAAUACCUUUCUUCGCCUGAAGCUAAAUAACUUGAAUAAGAAGCUUAUAGAAAUAGAAUCACUUGUGAACAAUAAUUUGAUAACUGCAAUUGAAAUGAGCAGUCUUUCUGAGUUCCAUCAAAAUUCUUUUCUCCUGUCAGCUAGCAAGAGGAAACGGAUCAGUAAGCAAUGCAAAUCCAUCCAUCUUCCAUUUGCGAGGGUACCAUUAACUUCAGAAAAUGAUGAUGAUGAUGGUGAUGAUGAUGAUAAAUGGAACACAAAGUGUAACAAGAGAACUCUAUCAAAGGCAUCAGCUGAUAGGACCUCUUCAGUAUCCAGACAACCUCAGCCUUCAUCCUUACAUCAGUGUAGUUUGGAAAUGUUGCUUCCUAAGGGAGAUACUCAGCAAACCAGUGGCACAGGUCAUUCAGAAUAUACUUCUAGUGUUGAUGUACUUCCUAAAGAGAGCCAUUGCCACUCAGAUCAAAGUCCUAAGAGUUCUCUGAGUGAGAUGAAAACUACCCUAUCUCCCAGCCCCAGAAGGGAAAAAUUAUCACUUAAUAAUGUGACUACGAGGAAGAAGCGAGGGUCUUCUACUGCAAACAUUCUGUGUGUGACAGAUUUAGAUCACCAACAGAUUGUAAGCCUGGGAUCAAACUGGAAUAAUGAGAAUGGUUGUACUAAUGAGAGCAGUAAUAAAACGCAACGACAAACCCAGUGCCUGCCUGACUUACCUUCUGAGUCUGCCGGUGACCCUAAUGCAGAGCACAUGGAGCAAGUACAGAGUACUGACGACCUUCAGUUGCAAAAAACUCUGUAUGAAAAUGCUGACAUGGAUCUAACCGCGAGUGAAGUAAGCAAAAUCAUUACAGUUUCAAAAAGCAAAAAAAAUCAAAAUAAGAAAAAGGUAGAUUGUGGAAAGGAGGCUUUCAGAAAAGUGAAAGAUCCCAGCUCUGACAAGAGAAGAAGACCAAAGAGAAAAUGUAAAGGUAGUUCAGAUGUGGAUGCUGAGGAAAAGACUGAAAACGGACCGGAGGGAGACUCUGUUGUCUCAAAUGGUGGAGGGGGUUCAGAAGCCCCAAACUGUGUCCCCAAUCCUGAACAGCCUCCUCCGGCAAACCUGCUGGGAGAAAUAACCCUCCAGAGCGGUGUGGGUCAAGAGAGCACACAAAAUAAUAAGAGGAAGCAAACACACACGACAGAUGACCAACAGAAAACAGACCCCUUUUCCCAGGGUUCAGUCAAGUUCUUCCAAGACAGUAAGUUUAAUCUGUGUCAGAACACCCUCCAUUGUAAUUUAAGUAAGCCAUCUCGGAAGACAUUUGUGAUUCAUAAAUCAGAAAAAGAUAACUUAUUUCCAAACCAAAAGGAUGAAGACACGGUUUCUGAAAACCUAGAAGUUGCAAAUGAAUUUCAUAUAGCUCAUCUUUCCAGCAAAGAUAAUGAAGAUGUCUGUGACUCUGCGAUUCAAACUAUGUCAGACUUGAAAAAAUAUGUUGAUGCUCAGCAAGAUCAAUCAAAAAUAAAUAAGCCUAGGCAGAAAAUAAAUCGGAGGACAAGAAUAAUUUCUACAAUGAACCAAAUACAUGAGGAUAUUGAUAAAGAUAUUCACGUUCUAGAAAAGGGCAACUUUCCCUUCCAAACCCUAGCAAAUAAAGAGCCCACCAAUGGAAACCUAGAAGCUUCUAAAGAAUUUGAAACUCCUCUUCUUUUCACAAGAGACCAUGGAAACGUACGUAACUGUAAGACCCAGAAUGUUCUGGAUUUGCACAAGCAGAUGACUAGCAUGAACCCUGCUCAGAAUGAGUCCCAAAUUAGCAAAAACUCUAGGCAGAAGCUGAAUCGCAAGACAGUAGUAAUUUCUGGAGUGGAUCGUUUUAGUAAUGACAGAGGUGCUCAUUGCUCAGAAAAGGAUGAGUCUUUCUUACUACAAAAAGAUGAAGAUAUCCCUGGAACCUUCAAAGAUUUAUGUGAGUUUGAAAUGCCUGCUCUUUGUAACAAAGAUAGUGCGAAGUUGUGUGAUUAUAAGACUCAAACCCUCCUGGGGCUGGGAAAGCAUGACCAUCACAUGCAGCCUGCUUGCCACGGUGAUUCAAAAGUAGGUAAGAAGCUUACACAAAAUGUGCAUCGGAAGACAGAAAUAAUUUCUAAAAUCAUCCAAAUACAUGAAGAUGAUGGAGAGAGUGCACGUGACCCAUUAAACAAGCAACUUGGUCAGAAGGUUAAUAGAUCAGAAAUCUUUUCUCAAAUGAACCAAAUAUACGAGACUGUUAAUGCAGGUGUGAAUGGCUCUAUAAAAGAGCGUCAAGAUGGUAUGAGUUGCUGUGAUGGGGAAACCAACAGUAAUAAAAAGGAAGAUUGUGAUCCAAUUCCAGAUCCCUGCGUACUAGUUAAAAAACAAAGGAAAAAAUUACCCUGUAAAGCAGAGAAUGUUUUGACAGGAGCUAAGAAUAAGAACAGAUGUAUUUUGCAGUUAACUGAUUCUUCACAGGUGUCUGUCACCUUGGAAUCUGGCUUAAAAGACAGUACAAAUGAAGCAGAAUCUGGUCCUGGAGAACAAACUAACCUGCCAAAGAAGCAGAAAGGCAGCACUGUGAGUUCACUGGGAGACGCCUUCUCUGUGGGAGUGGUAAAGGAAUUAAACCGCCCAGCUAGUAAACUGCCAACCAAGUCAAAGAAAAGAAAGACCACUUUAGAAUUGUCUUCAGAUACCCAUGGAGCAGUGGAGAUGGCACCCAACCUUGACCUCACAAAGUCAGUUGACCCCCAACAGACUGAUAAGGAAAACUAUUUGGAGAAUGAGAAAAUUGCCAAGAGUAGGGCAGACUUCUGCACAAAGAUGUUGAAACCUUUAUCUCAGAUGCCUUCAUCUAACAUGAAGUCUUCCCUGGACAAUAUGUGUGAGAGUUCUGUGCCUUUGAGUACUUCUGGUAAAAACCUGAUGAGAGAAGACUUUUCCCUGGAGAGUGAUGAUAUGAAGGAAACAAGAAAGGAAGGCACUCGUAAACGCUGCAGCCGAGCACAGACGUCGUCGGGACUAGGUAGCAGAACAUCCUGGGUCUCGGAUACCAGUUCUGUGUUGAGUAACACUGCUAACCCUGCAAAUGAGCCAGAAGAGCCGUCUUCACACCGGAUGAGAAGUAAAAGACAGUGCGCCCCUCUCAACCUGAGAGAGCCAAACCUCGUAAGGCAAGUGUUACACUAG